AGGCGGACGCGGAGAUGUGGUGACGGACGGCGCCCGACGGCCACGCCAUGGGGAACAAGCUGAGCUGCUCGUGCGCGCCGCUCAUCCGCAAGGCCUACCGCUACGAGGACUCGCCUUGGCAGACAUCGCGCCGCCGCGACGGCCACCUGCUCCGGCUGUGGGCGGAGGUGUUUCACGUGAGUGCGAGCGGCGCGGGCACCGUCAAGUGGCAGCAGGUGUCGGAGGACCUGGUGCCCGUCAACAUUACCUGCAUCCAGGACUCACCAGAAUGCGUCUUCCACAUCACCGCGUACAACAGCCAGGUGGACAAGAUCCUGGACGUGCGGUUGGUGCAGCCAGGCACGAGGAUCGGGCAGGCGUCGGAGUGCUUCGUGUACUGGAAGGACCCGAUGACCAACGACACCUGGGGGCUCAACUUCACCUCGCCCAUCGACGCCAAGCAGUUCAGGGAAUGCUGCGCGUCGUCGUCGUACUCGCUGAAGCUGGAGCCGCCGGGCGGCAAGCAGAAGGCCAAGGCGAAGCGCAAGCCGCUCUCCACGCCCGCGUCGCCGUCGCGCGCGCGCGAGCCCCAGUGCACCUGCAUGACGCCCGAGCAGUACGCGCGCCUCCGCGCGCAGGACCCGCGCUACCGC